AUGCCAUACGAAGUGUACACUCGUAACGAGACUGCCCAUCGAAUUGAAGUUUUAAAGCAAAAAAUUAUCGAUAAUUUAUGGAUGCUAGUCAAUGUACAAAACAAUACUGAAAAAGUGACAUUUGAAACCUGGUCCAGAAUUGCGCAUCUCGGUAUUAAUGAUGUAAUUCGUGAUGUAUUUAUUGAUUAUACGAAGAAUUACAUGACACCCGAUGAUAUAAUCAAAGGUGCUGGACCGGUGAAAUGGUCAUUCGGUUCAAGCGUAUUUUUCUCAUGGACUGCUAUCACAACCAUUGGUUAUGGACAUAUAGUACCGAGAACAAAUGAAGGUCGUAUAGCAUGUCUUAUGUAUGCACUGUUAGGUAUUCCAUUAAUACUUGUCACCAUUGCUGAUAUCGGACGGUUCCUCUCAGCUGGUAUAGUUUGGAUUCAUUACACGAUGAGAUUGAUACGUUUGGAGCUGUUUCGAAAAUCGGCACAAUUCUGCAUAUACUGUUGCAAUUGUAUUCCUAUUGUCAGAAAGAAAAAGAAACAACCAAUAAAAGUUUCGGUUAAUGAAUUUGCAAAUGUUAAAAGAUUAAAACGACGACGACAGAAUCACAUUGAUACUAUUUCUGAAGCAGGCACAUUUGAAGAUAUAUCAGAAAUACACACACAAGAAAGUGAGAAAACAUUUUCUGAAGAUACGGAAGCACGAGCGGAUGAAUUGGAGGAAAGCGAAUUACAUCGGAAUAGACGCGUUUCUGUUCUAUUUGUACUUGUUAUUAUGAUAGGUUAUACUGCUGGUGGUGCAUGCCUUAUGCAACUUUGGGAAAAUUGGACAUUUAUGGAAUCGUUUUACUUCUGUUUCGUUACCGUAACAACUAUUGGUUUUGGAGAUAUUGUACCUCAGAAUGCGGACUUUCUACCAGCAACGCUCAUGUAUAUCGUUAUUGGCCUUAUUAUUACAACAAUGUGCAUUGAUUUGGUGGGAAGCGAGUACAUUCGUGAUAUUCAUUUCUAUGGUCGAAGUUUAGGACGCAGUUUUAUGAUGAUUGGUGAUAAAGUUGUACAUCUUGGAGAAGUAUUUGGUUAUGUAGCAUUUCUUCAAAAGAAAUAUGGCUUUACUCCAGAACAGAUUAAUAAAUUAGCUCAAUUGCCAGAAGAAUAUUUAUUUGAAUGCCUGAUUAAUAAUAGACAACCUGAUUUAAAUUGGAUUGAUGGUCGUCCAUAUGUACCAACUGAUAUUUAUUAUUUCAAAUGGAUUGAGCAUCCACGUACGCUCUCAUUCGUAUCGGAACGUGUAUUAGCAAGUAUGGAAUCAUUGGAUUUAAAUACGAGUAAAUGCAGUACAGGAAGGACAUUAACGCCACGUGAAUAUUAUCAAAGGAUUUUGCUACAAUAUUGCAAACAAAUGCAACCCAAUGAUCAACAACAACAGCAAUCACGUGAUAGUCAAGUAUAA